AAAAUCGACAGCAUACCUGACGUCAGAGCACGGAUCAUCAUCUUUGUCGUAAGAGCGUAGUUCGACGAAAAGUUCAUCGUGACAUUGUUUGUUGGGUAAUCCAUUCCAUCCUUUAAGGCAUCCUCGAGCUCAGCAACCAUGUCGUCUCUCUUGAGAAAGGGUUCUCUUCCCGCAUCACAAUGGGCUCGGAGCUUGAGCUUCGCCAAUGGCAAGGUCCCAGCCAAGACCCAGAUGUUCCUGGAUGGCAAGUUUGUGGAUUCCAAUGCCUCCAAAUGGAUUGACGUGCCCAAUCCAGCCACCAAUGAAGUAGUAACCCGGGUGCCGCAGAACACGCAAGAGGAGAUGGAACGUGCCGUGGAAUCGGCCAAGGGCGCAUUUCGUUCGUGGUCCAAGACAUCGCCUUUGAAACGCCAAGAGGUCAUGUUCAAGUACCAGGCCUUGAUCAAGGACAAUCUGAAAGAGAUUGCCAAGCUGAUCACGUUGGAGCAGGGCAAGACCUUGCCCGAUGCUGAGGGUGACGUGACUCGAGGAUUGCAAGUUGUGGAGCAAUGCUGCUCGCUGACCAGUUCUCUCAUGGGCGAAAAUCUGCCCGGUAUCACCAAGGACAUGGAUUUGAUCUCAUUUCGAACUCCCUUGGGUGUCUGCGCUGGCAUCGCACCUUUCAACUUCCCCGCCAUGAUCCCGUUGUGGAUGUUCCCCAUGGCCACGAUCUGUGGCAAUACCUACGUCAUGAAGCCUUCUGAACGGGAUCCCAGUGCCUGCAUGGCCUUGGUCGAGCUUUUGAAAGAGGCUGGCAUGCCCGAUGGCGUGGUCAACGUUAUCCAUGGCCAACACGACACUGUGAACUUCAUCUGUGAUCACCCAGAUAUUAGAGCUAUCUCCUUCGUGGGUGGCGACCGAGCUGGAACCCACAUUUUCAACCGUGGUUCGACCAAUGGUAAACGCGUUCAAUGCAACAUGGGAGCCAAGAACCACGGUGUGAUCAUGCAAGAUGCCAACAAAGAGUACACCAUCAAUCAAUUGAUUGGAGCCGCUUUUGGUGCCGCUGGUCAACGUUGCAUGGCUCUCACCACGGCUGUCAUGGUGGGCGAUGCUCAAAGUUGGUUGCCCGAGAUUGCUGAGAGAGCCUCCAAGUUGAAGGUGAGCGCUGGUCAUGAAGCCACCGCCGAUCUUGGACCCGUGAUUUCGCCCGAGUCCAAGAAGAGAAUCGAGACGCUCAUCCAGAGUGCCAUUGACGAAGGAGCUGAUGUGAUCCUGGAUGGACGGGACUGCAAGGUGGACAAGUAUCCUAAUGGCAAUUUCGUUGGCCCCACCAUCAUCAGCAAGAUGAAUGCCAAUAUGACCGCUUACAAGGAAGAAAUCUUUGGCCCCGUACUCUGCGUGAUUUGCGUGGACACCUUGGAAGAAGCCAUUGAGUUGAUCAAUAGCAAUAAAUAUGGAAAUGGUACCGCUAUUUUUACAAACAAUGGUGCCACUGCGCGUAAAUUUACUCAAGACAUCGAUGUUGGACAAGUGGGUGUGAACGUGCCAAUCCCUGUGCCACUACCCAUGAUGUCGUUCACGGGUUCUCGGGGAUCCUUCUUGGGUGAUAGCCAUUUCUACGGCAAACAGGGCAUCAACUUCUAUACUGAAACAAAGACGGUCACAUCCCUUUGGCGAGAAGACGAUGCGGCUGGGACUCAAAUUUCGACGGCCAUGCCUGUUCAAAAAUAGACUGUCUGAACGCAAAUUUAAUUCAAUAUAUUUUUGACCGAUUUGUC